AAUAGGAAGUGAAUGCCUGCUUCUCUAUAAAGACCCAACAAGUGACUUCUUCUUCUUCUUCAUUUCCUUGAUUUAAUCUUUCUUCUUCUGUUUCCCACUCUUGCAUUUGCCUCUGCACUUACAUGUUUGAUGAACAGUAGAUACAGACUGUAGCUUAAGCAAUAUGGCAGGCGGUGGUCUCGUUACCGGUCCCGGAAAGAACUAUCCGGGCAAUCUCACGUGCAGGGUUUUCAUCACCUGCAUCGUCGCCGCGACCGGGGGUUUGAUCUUCGGCUAUGAUCUCGGCAUAUCAGGUGGAGUGACGUCGAUGGACUCCUUCUUGAAGGAGUUCUUCCCGUCGGUCUACCAGAAGGAGUCGUCCGUGAAGCCAUCGGACGAUCAGUACUGCAAAUUCAACAGCCAGAUCCUGACCCUGUUCACCUCAUCCGUCGGUGCCUCUUAA